GAGCCUUCCGUCUCAGCUGUGAGGAAAGCGCCAAGGGUAACGUCCCCGGCUCGGGGGAGACCUGCGGGGUCAUGGCUCCCCGCUGACAGGGCCCGCCGAGUGGAGAAGGGGGCGAGGCUCUCCGUGGACCCUCCGCCGGGUCCGCGGCAGUCGACUUGUCCCUCGGCCUUCCAGUUCGGUGCUGCCGCUGCCGCCGGCGGCGGCUGAGGAGGGGAUAUGAGCUGGUUCAACGCCUCCCAGCUCUCCAGCUUCGCCAAGCAGGCCCUGUCUCAGGCCCAGAAGUCCAUCGACAGGGUCCUGGACAUCCAGGAAGAGGAGCCGAGCGCCUGGGCCGAGACCAUUCCGUACGGAGAGCCGGGAAUAAGUCUCCCUGUCAGUGGAGGAUGGGAUACUUCAACCUGGGGGUUAAAAUCCAACACUGAACCUCAGAAUCAACCGGUAGCCUCUCCUAAAGCAAUUACAAAGCCAGUUCGGAGAACUGUGGUAGAUGAAUCUGAAAAUUUCUUCAGUGCCUUUCUCUCUCCCACCGAUGUCCAGACCAUUCAGAAGAGUCCAGUGGUAUCAAAACCACCAGCUAAAUCACAGAGACCAGAAGAAGAAGUGAAAAGCACCUUACAGGAGUCCUUGCACGCUGGACAGUCAAGAACAACUGAAGCGGCUGAGUCCAAAGUAGAAGACUCUCCUCCAUUUGUAUCGGGGGAAACUCUGGCAGCCAGUACUCUGUCUCCUAAAACUGAGGGCAAGCAUGAAGAAACUCUUAAUAAAGAAUCUGAUACAAAGGUGUCAGCAGUACAUUUAAAAGUAUCUGAAAGUGUAAUUAAUGUGAAAACAACUAGGGAACAUGUAUCUAAUAUGCCUACACAGCCUCUUACAGCGGAAACAAAGGACAUGGCUUUGGAAUCUAAGGAGCAAAAACAUGAAGACAGACAGAGCAAUACACCUUCUCCUCCUGUUAGUACCUUCUCAUCAGGUACUUCUACCACUAGUGAUAUUGAAGUUUUAGAUCAUGAAAGUGUAAUAAGUGAGAGCUCAGCAAGUUCGAGACAAGAGACUACAGAUUCAAAAUCAAGUCUGCACUUGAUGCAGACAUCCUUUCAGCUUCUCUCAGCAUCUGCUUGUCCUGAAUAUAAUCGUUUAGAUGAUUUCCAAAAACUCACUGAGAGUUGCUGCUCAUCUGAUGCUUUUGAAAGAAUAGACUCGUUUAGUGUACAGUCAUUAGAUAGCCGUAGUGUAAGUGAAAUUAAUUCAGAUGAUGAAUUGUCAGGCAAAGGAUAUGCUUUAGUACCUAUUAUAGUUAAUUCUUCAACUCCAAAGGCUAAAACAGUUGAAUCUGUUGAAGGAAAACCUGAGGAAGCAAAUGAAACAUUAAUUAUGCCCACUGAAGAAACAGAAAUGGAAGAAAGUGGACGAAGUGCAACUCCUGUUAACUGUGAACAGCCUGAUAUCUUGGUUUCUUCUACACCAGUAAAUGAAGGGCAUACUGUCCUAGACAAGGUGGCUGAGCAGCCCGAAGCUCCUGAAAGUGAGCCAGAAGCACUUUCUGAGAAGGAAGAUGUAUUCAAGACAGUUGAAUUUCUGAAUGAGAAACUGGAUAAAAGGGAAGCUCAGUUAUUAUCUCUUAGUAAAGAAAAAGCACUUCUAGAAGAAGCUUAUGAUAAUCUGAAAGAUGAAAUGAUCAGAGUGAAAGAAGAGAGCAGCAGCAUUUCUUCCUUGAAAGAUGAGUUUACUCAAAGAAUUGCAGAAGCAGAAAAGAAAGUUCAGCUAGCCUGCAAAGAGAGAGAUGCUGCUAAAAAGGAAAUCAAAAGUAUAAAAGAAGAACUUGCUACUAGAUUAAAUAGUAGUGAAACGGCAGACCUUUUGAAAGAGAAAGAUGAGCAGAUCCGAGGGUUAAUGGAAGAAGGAGAAAAACUUUCAAAACAGCAGCUGCAUAAUUCUAACAUCAUUAAGAAAUUAAGAGCUAAAGACAGAGAAAAUGAAAAUAUUAUUGCAAAGCUGAACAAAAAAGUUAAAGAGCUAGAAGAAGAGUUACAACAUUUAAAACAGGUCCUUGAUGGCAAAGAAGAGGUUGAGAAACAACAUAGAGAAAAUAUUAAGAAACUAAAUUCUGUGGUAGAACGCCAAGAGAAGGAUCUGGGCCGACUUCAAGUAGAUAUGAAUGAACUUGAAGAAAAGAACCGAAGUAUUCAAGCUGCUCUUGAUAGUGCAUACAAAGAACUUACUGAUCUCCACAAAGCCAAUGCUGCAAAGGAUAGUGAGGCCCAGGAAGCUGCUCUAAGUUGUGAAAUGAGAGCUAAAGAAGAACUUUCUGCAGCACUGGAGAAGGCCCAAGAAGAAGCCCGUCAGCAGCAAGAAACAUUAGUGAUUCAAGUGGGGGACCUUAGGCUGGCACUGCAACGUGCAGAACAAGCAGCUGCUAGAAAAGAGGAUUAUUUACGUCAUGAGAUCAGUGAACUCCAGCAGAGACUCCAGGAAGCAGAGAAUCGAAACCAAGAACUGAGUCAAAGUGUUUCAUCAACAACAAGACCAUUGCUUCGACAGAUAGAAAAUUUGCAAGCAACUCUAGCGUCCCAGACGUCAUCAUGGGAGAAGUUAGAGAAGAAUCUUUCUGAUAGACUUGGUGAAUCCCAGACCUUGUUGGCAGAAGCAGUUGAGAGAGAACGUGCGGCCACAGAAGAACUUCUUGCCAACAAAAUUCAAAUGUCUUCCAUGGAGUCACAGAAUUCUCUCUUAAGACAAGAAAAUAGUAGAUUUCAGGCCCAGCUAGAAUCAGAGAAAAAUAGGCUAAGAAAACUAGAGGAUGAAAAUAAUAGGUACCAGGUUGAAUUAGAAAACCUAAAAGGUGAAUAUGUAAGAACACUUGAAGAGACAAGGAAAGAAAAGACACUGUUGAAUAGUCAGUUAGAAAUGGAGAAAAUGAAAGUUGAACAGGAAAGGAAGAAAGCAAUUUUCACUCAAGAAGCAAUAAAAGAAAAGGAACGGAAGCCAUUUUCUGUUUCUAGCACUCCCACAAUGUCACGCUCAAGUUCGAUAAGUGGAGUUGAUAUGGCAGGGCUACAAACAUCUUUUAUGUCUCAGGAUGAGCUUCAUGAUCACUCAUUUGGACCAAUGUCUGUGUCAGCAAAUGGAAGCAAUCUUUAUGAUGCUGUAAGGAUGGGAGCAGGAUCAAGCAUUAUUGAAAAUCUACAGUCUCAGCUAAAGCUAAGGGAAGGAGAAAUUACUCAUUUACAGCUAGAAAUUGGCAAUCUAGAGAAAACACGCUCCAUAAUGGCUGAAGAGCUAGUUAAAUUAACAAAUCAAAAUGAUGAACUUGAAGAGAAAGUGAAGGAGAUACCCAAACUUCGAACUCAGCUAAGAGAUUUGGAUCAAAGAUACAACACUAUUCUGCAGAUGUAUGGAGAAAAAGCAGAAGAGGCAGAAGAACUUCGAUUAGAUCUUGAAGAUGUAAAAAAUAUGUAUAAAACUCAAAUAGAUGAACUUUUAAGACAAAGGCUCAGUUAACUUCUGAAAAUUACAUUCCCAUCGAACUGAAUGUAAACAUUUAAUAUCUAAGUACAGAUAUCCAAUGAAUUCUUUUAUAGAAUUAGAAAGUGGAAUUUACUGUAGCAUUCAAAAAUUGAAAAAAAUUGUUUUAUAGUAUAUAGUAAUAUUUCCAGUUAAAUUAUUUUGUGCAGUAUUUGAACUUUAUUUUUAAAACUAUUCUUUAAAGAUUUAUUUUUUACAGUCUUUUUUUUUUUUUGCCUUGAAUAGCACAGAGAUUUAUUACUUUAUCCUCAUGUCAAUAUGGUUAGGGAAGGAGAAUGGUGUUAUAUAUUGUAGAUAUAUAACUAAUUGUGUCUAUAAUUUAUAUGUUUUUGUAUAUAUUGAGAACAUUUAAAGAGUGAUAGUAACAUAUUGACACUUUGAAAUCUUUCACACUUAAGUCUUCAGUACGUCUAAUUACUAUUUAUGAAAAUGGACAUUGUGUUCAAGUAAAAAAAUUAUUAAACCUGCAGUUAUUAAAUCUUGAACUCAUAUUUUUCUUUUGGAAAAAAAUCACUCUCUGAAGUUUAAAGGAUAAAUAAUUUAAACUUUAAAAGUUUUGUGGUCUCAAAUUUUAUUUCACUCACAAUUAAGUCUGUACAAAUUUUGGUACCUAUUUGGAGAAAGCUAUAGCUAUUCAAAGUUAUCUAGGCAUAAUUGAAUAGUGGAAAAAUCUACUUACAGUCAUUUUGUGAUGGUAUCAUUAACAUUUUAGUAGUUUUGAAGAUGUAUUGUUUUACUACCCUAUAA